UACCUUCAAGUGAGAAAGCCAGCGAGCAUCAGGUGCAGAAGAUCAAACAUUCACAUCUGAAUAUCGGCAAAGAAGAGACCAAACGUCAGGAUGUCUUCAGCAAAUAACUCCUCCAAAGUCACGCUUUUCUGUGUGGUGGCGAUGAUGAUGAUGAAGAUGAUGAUGGUGGAGGCAGCAGCAACGCCCAAAGCAGGCGGCCAAUCAAAACACCCGAAGACCCACACCGAGGCCCCUGGUGGUGCGGAGGCAGAAAUGAUCCCGCUGCAAAUCGACAACAAGUUCUUGAAACAUUACAGAAGUGUUCGGCCGCUGCAGAACGCCUCCAUCUCCCCGUGGACCAACAACAUAACUAACGAUGCCACCCUCGUGCCUCCCUUCCUGUCCGAGGCUCGCUGUCUUCUGCGCGGCUGCCUGGAUUUGGACGGUGUCGAGGACUUGAACCUGGAAUCCCGACCCAUAAUGCACCAGGUGAUGCUGCUGCGGCGCGUCAAAUCUAAGGGGGCGGAGCCUGGGUACCACUACAGGCUGGAGUCCCGCCUCCUCGCCGUGGGAUGCACCUGCGUCCGGCCCACCGUCCAGUACCAGGACUGAAUCAGAAUGGACAAACCAGGAAAAAACAUCUCUAUUUAUCUGACUUUAAAUUGGUUUAAAUUAUGGUUUUGUAUUAUUUAUGUUUUAUAGGUAGAACUUAUAUCUACAGCUCGAGUCAUAUAUUAGCUUUAUAGCCCAACAUUAGCCACCUUUAGCUUAGCGGUGGUGACGUGAAGUUAUGUGACCGUGCUGCACCUAUUACCAGAUAACACAUCAUUUCCCUAAUUUAAAUGUCUAUUUGUUCUUUAAUAAUCUGCUUAUUUUCCAUAUGUAUUUAUAUUCUAACUACAGUCCGGAGCUGGAGUUUAAAAGCGCUCAGUUUAUCAUUGGAUGUGUUUCGUAUAUGAUGUUUAUUUAUAGGUGUAGUUUAUUUAAAAUUAAUAUUUAACUUGGAGGUAUUUAUUGGAGGUUUCGUAUUACUGUUAAUGUAUUUAUUUGACUCAAUAAAAACAAA